AAGCCCAUCGAGGUUACAUUCAGAAGAUAAGCAGAAAGUUUCCAUCAGGCGAGGUUACAGUCGACGGCGGUGUAAAUAUGAGUUACAAGCCGAUCGCCCCCGCACCCACCGGCUCCAACCACACGCCACCAGGAUCAUGUGGCUCAUCUCCAUCACUGGCCUCCUCUUCUAACUUUAGACCAGCAUUUAGUGACUUUGGUCCACCAUCAAUGGGCUUUGUACAACCUGUUAAAGUUUCCCAGGGAUCUACCUAUAGUGAGCUGCUCUCCGUCAUUGAAGAGAUGAGCCGUGAAAUUCGUCCUACCUAUGCUGGCAGCAAAAGUGCCAUGGAGAGGCUGAAGAGAGGUAUCAUCCACGCACGUGCUCUUGUCAGGGAGUGUCUAGCAGAGACAGAGCGAAGUGCUCGCACAUAACAUCCACACACACGCACACACUUUCCCUCUGGUACUUGCCUCCCCAUUGUUCUAUUUCUCAUAAACAUGCUCCUUCUCUUUGCCAAGCUAUUUACAACACCACAUCUUUCUAUCUUUCUUAUUGACCUUUGUCCAUCAUUCAUAGCUAUCUCCCCGAUGUGCACCUCAUGUAGUGAUAAGUCCAUCAGCAUAGAAAUUUUUUAAGCCCAAUUUUUGCAAUUCUGUAUUUAAAUAAAAAAACAAAACAAACAAA